GCUGGUGACUGCGAAUGAGAAGCUACAGAGUCCCGGCCUCACGAAGGAGGAGACGGCUCCGUUUAAGGAGACUGGGUCCAGCAUCCCCAUCGCGAUCCCUGGCAAACCUCCGACGGAAACCCCCACUGAAAAGGCCGCUGGAAGUCCCAACGGCAGUAGCGGCGGUCAGCCAUGUCCCAACCUGCCCCUCCCCCCCGCCGUUGACCCCCUGACCUCUGACCCCGUCUCGCUGUGCUCGAGCACCGAGCGCCCCCAGCCCACGGUGCUGGACUUCAUGGACGACGCCGACGCCUUCCACAGACUGAAGGCCAAGUUGGAUCCCAGCCACAGCAUCAUCAAGAACUGGCGCCACGUGGGCUCACGCUGGGGCCUAAGCUACGACGAGCUGAGCCUGCUGGAGGAGCGGGGGAGGGGCGGCCGUAGCCCCACCGAGGAGGUGCUCCUGCGCAACGGGCACCGCCCGCUGGCGCAGCUGGUGCAGCAGUGCCGAGACCUCAACCGGAUCGACGCCGCCUUGCUGCUGCAGGGCUGGGUGGCGCAAACGUGGCGCCGGGGGUCACGGCAGCAGCAGGAGCAGCUCGGUCACUCGUGGCGCUAGCGGCGCCGGCGGCUAGGGCUGCCGGAAGAAGCUCCCGGGCACGAGGGCGCGGGACCUCGGGACGUCGGGCCGAACGACGCGUUGGCGGCGGCGGCGCCAUCGCCACCGUGAAGCUUCGAGAUAUGGGUAGA